CGUGUCUCGUGUAUGUUCUCACUAAAGCCAAAAAUGUCAACCACCAUCGAUAUCCCAGAAUCAAGUAAAGUUGUGGUUGCGGCACCACUAAGGCCAGGAGGAUGGAAAAAAGGGUGUUUCUCACUCUAGCCACUGCCGGUGCUGCUUCAGCUGCUGCCGUAGUUUACUUAGCACACAACGGUGAUCAGGACACGAACUGGUUAGCCAUAUGCAACCAAUUUGGAGACUUUUGUGCCCAGACCAGUGCAGCUGUGGUGUCAUCGUUCGUUGCCGUUGUUGUCUUAGUAUUGGUUAUUGUGAUGUCUGCUUUAGCAAUUGGCAAGCCUUGAAAAUUAACGUAUUGGGGCUUUUAAGUUAAAUGAACUAUUGCAGUUAUAUAUAAAUAUUUUGCAUGUUCUAUUUGUUUCCGAAGUAUGAUGUGCUAAUUAUAAGUAACACCUCGGCUUGUUUUAAUUUCCUCCAAGUAUGAUGUGCUAAUUCAUUACUUGUAUACAUCUGGUCAUUCUAAUAUUAUAUGCACAGUUUCAAUUUCA